GUUUCGGGCGCGCGCCAGCGGACCCGCUUCCCGAGCACGGGAGGCCGGCGCGCGCUACUCCACGGGCCGGGGCCGCGCGCCUAACACUCCCUGCCCGGCCAGCGCGCGGCAGUGCCAGGCCAGAGAUGGCCCCCGACCCGGUGGCUGCCAAGACUCCAGCCGCGGAGCCGGCCCCGCGCUACUUCACCUGGGACGAGGUGGCGCAGCGCUCCGGGAACAAGGAGCGGUGGCUCGUUAUUGAGCGGAAAGUGUACAACAUCAGCAAGUUUAUCCGCCGGCACCCGGGGGGCUCCCGGGUCAUGAGCCACUACGCGGGGCAGGAUGCCACGGACCCCUUUAUGGCAUUCCACAUCAACAAGGGCCUUGUGAGAAAGUAUAUGGACUCUCUCCUGAUUGGAGAACUGUCUCCGGAGCAGCCCAGCUUUGAGCCCACCAAAAAUAAAGAGCUGACCAAUGAGUUCCGGGAGCUUCGGACCUCAGUGGAGCGAAUGGGGCUCAUGAAUGCCAACCAUGUUUUCUUCCUGCUGUACCUGCUGCACAUCCUGCUGAUGGAUGUCACUGCCUGGCUCACUCUUUGGCUCUUUGGGACGUCCUUUGUUCCCUUCGUCCUCUGUGUAGUGCUGCUCACUGCAGUGCAGGCCCAGGCUGGCUGGCUGCAGCAUGACUUUGGGCAUCUGUCUGUCUUCAGCACCUCUACAUGGAACCACCUGUUACAUCAUUUUGUGAUUGGCCACCUGAAGGGGGCCCCUGCCAGCUGGUGGAACCACAUGCACUUUCAGCACCAUGCCAAGCCCAACUGCUUCCUCAAAGACCCAGACAUCAGCAUGCAUCCCUUCUUCUUUGCCUUGGGGAAGAUCCUCUCUGUGGAGCUUGGGAAACAGAAGAAAAAGUACAUGCCAUACAACCACCAGCACAAAUACUUUUUCCUGAUUGGGCCCCCAGCCUUGCUGCCUCUUUACUUCCAGUGGUAUGUUUUCUAUUUUGUUGUCCAACGGAAGAAAUGGGUGGACUUGGCCUGGAUGAUCACCUUCUAUGUCCGUUUUCUCCUCACUUACAUGCCAUUGUUGGGAUUGAAAGGCGUCCUGGGCCUUUUCCUCAUGGUCAGGUUCCUGGAAAGCAACUGGUUUGUGUGGGUGACCCAGAUGAACCACAUCCCCAUGCACAUUGACUAUGACCAGAACAAGGACUGGGUUUCCACCCAGCUUCAGGCAACAUGCAACGUCCACAAGUCUUUCUUCAAUGACUGGUUCAGUGGACAUCUCAACUUCCAGAUUGAGCACCACCUUUUCCCCACCAUGCCACGACACAAUUACCACAAAGUGGCCCCCCUGGUGCAGUCCCUAUGUGCCAAGUACGGCAUAGAGUACCAGUCGAAGCCUCUGCUCUUGGCCUUCGCCGACAUUGUCCACUCACUGAAGGAGUCGGGGCAGCUCUGGCUAGACGCCUAUCUUCACCAAUAACAGCCCCCCAUCUGGAAGCGGAAGAGGAGCCUUUGGAGCCAAAGCAGAGGGGAGCUUAAGGACAAUGCCACUACAAUUCUAAUGCAGAGAGGGGUGGGUUUGGGGAGAGAAAAGCUCUGACUCAUACCUCUCCCGUUUUAUCUUCUAGGCACAGAUCUAAGACCCAAAGUGGGUGGAGGGGGGCAUCCUAAUCUCCCAGGAGGAAAGGAGCUAUUGGAAUAGGGAUGAGAGAGUUUGGUUAAUUCCUUUUUCUAGUUUGGCAGAUACAAAUGGUUGCUAAGAAAGAGGGAACCCAGAGGGUACCAGAAGAAUAGGGAGGAUCUACUGGGCCCAGAAGGGUCAAGGAGAGACUUAGCUCUCAAAUCCCACCCAGGUAAGCGGUGAGCUCAUCUCACUGGUUCACUUCACAGUGCCUUCCCCGCCCUCCCUUGCAAAGCUCAGAGGUUUGCAAGCUGGAGGGACACAGCAGCCGAACCUUCUGAGCAAGAUGUAGAGGGGAAGCAUUAGUGCCUAGAGUUCUGAGGCCUGGCACAAGCCCAUGCGUGGGAGCUCAGCGUACUGCCCAGGGCCAGGUGGGACCUGGCUACAAAGUAUAUGCCUCAGGCUCCUGGGAAAAGCCAAUUCCAACUUUAGAAGCAGGCAGGGUAAAACUCAAGACUGCAGUACUAGAGAAUCUGACCCUAAAGGAUUGUGGCAUCACCGAUUCUGGCCUUGUGCUCUAUCCAGGGUACAGAGGGGGCAUUAGGUCCUAGCUCUUACCUCUUCUAACCACCACCCAAGGGAAAGAACACUCCCAGGACUGAGAGUCCAAUUCUUGUGCCAUAAGCCAGUGAACAGAUAGGGGAACUCACUCCUUUUCCCUCUCUAGAAACAAGAGGGGCUCCCAGUGGUUUCCCUUUGCUUCCCUACCUACAAUUCCAUGAAAUAGCAGCCAGUGAGCUCAAGUGACCAAGUGGGGAGAUACUAACUUAACCAGUCCUGAAGAAAAACACGAGUUUCAGAAAUAAAGGCUAUAAAGGGUAUAAGCAGAAACUGCCUAAACCUAAAUAACAUUAGUGCAUUGUUUCUGAGAAGAAGCAGUGGGUUACACAUCACUUCAUAGUUCUAAACCAGAAAUAGGAAGAUUAAAAACAAGUUGGUGAUCAUUGCUAUAGUUAGACAUCUUAUUCUGUCCAUUGAGUAUUUUAUUCUGCUGGGGACCAGGUAGGAAUUUAGGAUAAUCUCUUAAAAGUGUGUCACUCUCGAGAGUGAGCAUAGGAAUGUGCCAGGAGUCUCCCCGUACUCCCAAGGCUUGUCAGCAUUCACACCCUCCUCUCCCCUCCCCAAACCCACAGCGUUUCAAUCCAGGUGAAGGAAUUGUUACUUCACCUCUUCAACAGCAUCCCCUGUAAACAUACUGAGCGUUUUGGACACUGGAAGGAAAAAGCAGAGCCCUAGAAGAGGUCAUAUGUAGUUUUGGGAGGGAUUAGCAGAUAGUCAGGAAGAUGAGGGUCCUGACAUGUUAGGGUGGGCUUAGAGGCACCACCACCUCUGGAGAGGCUGUCCAUUUCUUGGAGGCCUGCCGAAGCAAACAGGUUGAAGAAAGGUUCAGAUCUUUUUCCACUUGGGCAGAUUUAGAAUUGCCCAGCUGGAUAACAUGGUAGAAAAAUCACGAUCCUAACUGCAGAAUUCUACUUUCAUUCGCUUCAUCACUCCAGAAUAGGCGCUGAUCCUUCCCCAUCCGUUUCCUGCCACCUGAGAUUUGGGUGUGGGCGUCACCAGCCUGCCCAGGCCGGUCCUUGGGUCCCAGGCUGCCCAGUCUGAGGGAACACCAGUGAGGCUCUGCUGACACCAAGUCCUCAGAGCAUUGCAACCACUGUGGCCUUCUCAGCCUAUACCAGUGGUCUCUCACACAGCCACAAAGGCGCACACUGGUGACAAGUCUCAGACUGCUAGAAUAUUAACGAGCGCUCUUAAUUCCAGAUGCUGACGUGAGAAAUUAGGCUGAGAGAGGAAAAGGGACCUCCAGCCACAUAGCUAACAUCUGAACUCACUUUUAUUCCAACUUCUGUUUACCUUUGUCACUUCCAUCUUCCUACCACCUGGCUGGAGGCAUUUUAAUUAGUCCUGGUAUCAGUAUCCUUUUUGUAUCUACCAAUUUUGUUACCACAUUCUGAUGAAGUAAAACUGAAAAAUAAAGUUAAUUUUGACCAGAUGAAGGCUGUUCCUUUUAAUCCAGGGUGACCUUCUACACGUAUGUGCACAGGACUUCCUGGUACCUCUGCUUUAAGUUACUACUCACUCUGCAUGACUAGCUUUCUGAACACGAGUCACUGCAGACACCCCUCCCCUCUUGCAUAAGCCCCUUGGUCAGAAGAAGGAGCAUCAGGGCCCUCCAAAAAAUACCAAGCCAAGAGUUGGCAAGGAAAAGAGGCCAACUCCUUCCCAUGACAUCCUUUUAUCCAUAUGUUCAUGUGCUAGACUACCUAGAUCACGCUUGCCAGGUUUUAUUUGCACCAUUUCCUAUUUUCCUCACCCUUUUGUCCUUCAGUUUUCCAUCUUGAGUCAUUUUCUCUCUGUACUUUUUAACUCAUUUCUAGUCUCAAUAGUCUCAUAAAUCCAAUUUGCCUAAAUCUUUGCAGGAAAAAUGCUUCAGAGCUGGACAGCAAAGCAAUGCCUUUUUAACCUUCCAUCCUACUAGAACAGCUCUCCUCUCUAAGCAAGAACAAUAUUACCAGUGGCUAUGGAGUUCAUUCCAACUCAUGGUGACCCCUGGUGUCAGUAUUGUUGUUAGGUGCCACUGAAUCAAUUUUUGACUCAUAGCAACCCCAUGUGACAG